AUGGGUAGGAUUGCCACGGCCGACGCUCUUAUUAAACGAAAUUCUUUUAAUGGUGAUGCUUUAUGCCCUUUAUGCGAAGAUAGUGAAGAAUCUGCGGAACACCUCUUUUGCUCUUGUUUGGUGGCCUCGAGUGUUUGGUAUCUCAUUAGCAAAUGGUGCAAAAUAAGCCCGAUUUUCGCUUUCUCCAUAAGGGAUCUAACGUUUAUCCAUGCACAUGUUGGGCUUGAGAGGAAUGCUAGAGAAGCGCUUCAAGGUAUUGUCAUAGUUGCUUGUUGGUGCGUGUUGAAAGCUAGGAAUGAAAGGAGAUUCAAUAACAAUAGAAAAGAGAUUCUAGAUAUUUUUCAAGAUGUUAAAGUUUUAGGCUUCCUUUGGUAUCGUAAUAGGUCGAGUAACAAAAGCAUUCGUUGGAAUGACUGGUGCUCGUUUAAUUUGAUGUAA